ACUACCAGGACUUCCUCGCGAGAUGGAGAGCACCAACUUGACUGCAAACGCUGGCUCCAUCCCAGCUUCGCUUCGAAAGACGUAUGAAGAAGCAGGUCAGGGCCAUGUCUUCCGGUUUGUCGACGCCGGCAAAGUCACCGCGCAGGAUGCAAAUGAACUGGUCGAAAAUCUCCAGCAUUAUGACCCCCACCAGGUUGCGGCCCUAUUCAAUCGAUCUACCAAGGCUAACAGCGUGGCAGAUGCAGCAGCUGACGAGGUAACACCGCUAGAAGAAGGAGUGGUGCACCAGUUGAGUGAGACUGCGCCAGAGUUGAAGGAGAAAUGGCUCGAUCUGGGUCUCGAGGCUGUUUCAAAAGGCAUGGCUGGCGCUUUGGUGCUCAGUGGGGGGCAAGGUACGCGUCUCGGCUUCGCCGGUCCCAAGGGCAUGUAUGAUAUCUGUCUUCCGUCUGGGAAGUCCCUCUUUGAGAUUUUCGCGCUGCGAGUUCGCAAAGUACAGGCGCUGGCACAGACUCGCUUCAACCUGAGCGAGUCCCCUGUGAUUCCGUUGCUUAUCAUGACCAGCAAGAUGAAUCACGCCACCACAGUAUCCUUCUUCCGUGACAACAAGUACUUUGGUCUCUCACAGGAUCAGCUUCGCUUCUUCUGUCAGGGUACACUACCGUGCUUCACAAACGACGGCAAAUUUAUUCUCGAGACAGCGAGUCAGCUGGCAAAUGCUUCCGACGGCAACGGUGGUAUCUACCCAGCUUUAAAGCGAAGUGGGAUGCUUGAUCUUCUGAGCGCACGCAACGUGCAGUAUCUGCACGUAUUUUCGGUGGAUAAUGUGCUUUGCAAAGUUGCCGAUCCGGUGUUUAUCGGCUACUGCAUUGAUCAGGACGCCGACUGCGCGAACAAAGUGGUGUGGAAGACUCGCCCCAAUGAGAGUGUGGGUGUCGUGGCCAAGCGCAAUGGAGCUUACUGCGUGGUGGAAUAUUCAGAGCUUGACCGUGCUGCAUCAGAGCAGGUGGACCCUACGACAGGCAAGCUCAGCUUCGGUGCCGCCAACAUUUGCAACCAUUUCUUCCGUCUCGACUUCCUUCAGCGCUGCUGCAACCAGAACGAUGCUGUGUACCACGUGGCCAAGAAGAAGAUUCCGUACGUGAAUGACGAAGGCACAGCAACGGUCACUCCAACGAGCAACACGGGCAUCAAGCUGGAGACUUUCAUCUUCGACGUCUUCCCACUGUCCAACAGCAUGAAGGUGCUGGGUGUGGCUCGUGAAGAUGAGUUCGCUCCUGUCAAGAACGCGCCUGGGAGCGUCUCGGACUCGCCCGACACUGCACGCCAACUCAUAUCAGAGCAAUGCAAGCGCUGGCUGCUGAAAGCAGGAGCGACCUUCGUGGACAACACAUCGGACGCCAUCUGCGAGAUUCUGCCGUCUUUGUCGUACAACGGCGAGGGUCUCGAGGACGUGGCACGCACGAAGUCACCAAUCCAGCUCCCCAUUGUGCUUGGAUACGAUUAA